UUUCAUUUGCCGACGCUCACUGAUGCCAGAUGACACCGCGAAUUGACCCCCCCCCUUAGUAUCUGAUCUGGAAAAAAGGGGAAGAAAUUAUAUAAAAAAGAGGGGGAUGCAACUUCCGAACCCCUCGAUCUCUAUUGGUGGAAAGGCCCACCUGCCCCAUAGGAGCCUUGAAAAGUGUCUGCAUCCGAAGUUGUGGACUCAGAAACUGUUCCAACAGAGCUUGAUGAGGAUAGAAAACUAGCUCUGCCGUGUUCCACCCUAAAUCGAAUGUUUUUACUCGCGAGUUUAGAUUUAGUUUAAAAGAUCGGUUUCGGAUUUUUUUAUUUUAUUAUUGUUAUUUAUUAGUGCCAUCAUGCCACGUGCUUUUUUGAUCAAGAAGAAACAACAGUGUGCUCGGAAUGGAACAUCUUUAUCCAAAACUGUGUGGACUGAUGAGGAUUCGAACGAUGAUUUGGAUACUUCGCGAUUCCAAUCGCAUUUUACACCUCUUACAAUUGUUUCACCAGAUGCAAAAGGACCUUACGAUUUAAGCAUGAAGCCCAAGAAUAUGGACGAGAACUCAAGUGAUAGUGAGAACCGAGGUACAAUAUCACCGAGGUCAACAAUGAGCUUGUCACCGCACCCUCCUGCAGCCCUAGUCGCACCAAAGCCUAUCAAGCCCACUCCAAAAACAAUGGAGGAAAUAGCUGCUUCCAAAUCCAACUGGCAACGACAAGUCUUACCACCUUAUUUGCCUUUCAAUUACUAUGGUUAUCCCUCCAGAACACCUGAAAUUUACCCUUACAAUGGCAACUAUAUGGUCAACCAACCACCCAUGGUGCCUCCUCCUCUAGUACCUUUGGGUUCAACAUCACCCAACUGGGACAGAUAUUCUCCUUCUAGAGAAAGGUACGAGAUUGUACAUCGAGUAACAGCUUCUAACAGCCCCUCUCCUGGCGCAAUCUAUCCUGAGUUGUAUUCUGAUGGUCAGGAUUCAGGUCUGGCAUCUUCUCCUAGUCCAAGCUCCGAAGACGGUGAAGCAGCAGCUAAGGCAGCCUCGACCAGAUACCAAUGCCCUGACUGCAAUAAGAGCUAUUCUACUUAUAGUGGACUCUCGAAGCAUCGAUUGAUGCACUGUGCUACUCAGGCUAAGAAGUCUUUCAACUGUAAAUACUGCGAUAAAGUCUACGUAUCUUUGGGUGCCCUUAAAAUGCACAUCAGAACGCACACCUUGCCCUGCAAGUGCAAGUUGUGCGGUAAAGCCUUCUCCCGACCUUGGCUGUUGCAAGGACAUAUCAGGACUCACACUGGUGAAAAACCCUUUUCAUGCCCUCAUUGCAGUAGAGCUUUUGCUGAUAGAUCCAACCUCAGAGCACAUCUGCAGACUCAUUCAGAGGUAAAAAAGUACAGGUGCAAAACUUGCAGCAAAACUUUUUCACGAAUGUCGUUAUUGCUCAAACACGAAGAUGGAGGCUGCGCAGGCGCGAUUGCCAACCAACAACAAGUUCAGUAGCAUGUAGAACAAAAAAAGACAUUUAAAAUUAUUUAACUAUGGAGGCCAAAAGGUUUUAUAAACUUUAGCGCUUAGUGAGAGCUACAUUUUAUAAAUUUGUAAUUCAUAUUUGAAUGUUUAUGGUCUAAAAUGAGUUUUUAAAUAGAAGUCAUGAGAAUUUUUUUUUUUUAAAGUUUAAUUUUUCAUGAUAGACCGUUUUACGGCUUCUGUUUAAAUGCUUCAUGUU